GAACUCACUUAGCAAACGCUAAUGGAAGAAAAUGAUCUAUUUCAAAGUCCUACGUUAUGUAAAUAAAAAUUAAAGUUAACAGCAAUGCAAGAGCGUAAGAGAUCAGUUACAUUUGGUAGAACAAUUGCAAUAUUUAGAAACUAAUACUUCUUAAGUUUUUCUAUCACUAAAAAAUACUUUGAAACACAAAUGCCUAAAUCUAAGAAAGCUUCACCGUUUAUGACUUUUGCUAAAGAAAGGUAUCCGAAUUUGCCCAUAAAUGUAGCAGUUAGUAAAGCUGGUAAGGAAUGGGAGAGUAUGUCAAAAGAAAAAAGGGAAAAAUAUGUGGAAAAAUGUAAAAAUACACUAUUUAUGGUACCAAAAAGAGAAUUACUUACUAGUCAAGGUGUACCAAUAUCCUUUGUUGAAAAAGAGAAACAAGAAUUAAUAAAGAAGGAAUACUCUAUGAAAACUGAAAUAGAAGAUAUUGUAAUAUCUGGUCGGGAUACAGGAAAUUUAGCGGAUAUUACUUUCAAUUUCAUUAGUGUUAACUACUUUAGUCAAACUGCUGAUGGAUCAAUUUACACUCCCGCAGAAAUAGGGAUUUCAGCAUAUUCAUUAAGAGAUGGGGUAAAAAAUCGAUAUCAUUCUUUGGUAAAUCCACUAACUGUUCCAUAUGGACAUGCUUUCGAAACUAAAACUCACUCUGAACGUACACAUCAAUUGGGGGUACCACCUGAUGUUCAAGGUGAAACAAAUUUAAAGAAAUUAUAUUUAAAUUGUCUGGAAUUUAUCAGGGAAAAUAAUGAAUGCGGUUCUGAAUAUCCACCAUUGUUUACACAUCAAGACGAAAAAAUAGUUAAGUCAGUUUUAGAAGUUUUGAGGUCAGAUUGUUAUGAUGAAGAACCAGUUUUACGUGUAUAUCCUUUGCGCGAGCUCUUUUUUAUAUUAAAGAGAACAACUUCAGAGAUAGGUGAAACAAAACCACCUGAAUCAAAACAUAUAACUAAUGCAUAUUUGGAUAAAGAUGUAUACGAAUAUCAAGUUAACAUCGCCUGCGAUUUUCAUGAAAAGAAGGACUGCGCAAAAUAUUGUGCUUUAUCUUGUGUAACCAGAUGGGCGUACACAUUAUCUGAUCAUUUAUGUAAAGAUCUCGCUUUAGAUAUGGAACCGGGUCAUCAUAUUCCUAAAGACGCUGAUUGUAUGAGUUAUACAUUUUCUGAAAGCAAUUUUGAUAGUUCAGUUGUGACGCAACCAAAAAUUGAGAGAGAGCACUUUAAUAUUAGUAAAUCUACAAGUUUAAGCACAAUAGAACAUUUUCCUUCAUUAAAAGACUCGAAAAAGAAAAGUGGAAGAACAAACAACAUGGAUAAUACCAUGACUACAAAUUCAUUAUGUGAUCAUUUUGAUAACGAAAGUUCCUCAAAUCCUUGGAUGAGGCGAAAAAUAUCCCGCCGGCCAGCUGAAGAAUCAUUUUCGAUCGAUAUAGGAGAGUGUGACGAGUUUCCACGAAUCCCAAGUUCAAGCGGUAGAGGACUAUUAUUCAGUAGGGUUGUAGAAGAAGCAAAAACAUCCCGAGGAAGGGGUUUGGCAUUUGGCGAUUAAAAUGAUAAAGAAAUGAUUAAUUAAAACAUUGAAGUGAGCUUAAAUAACUUUAAGUUGUAUAUUUUAAAAGUUUUAACAAUACUAAAUGAAAUAAUUCUUAAAAUAUAUUUGACGAGAUAUUUAUUGUCAAAAGUGUUUAUUUCAAGUUGCCCUUUGUUAUGAAUAAAGUUUUUUUUUGCAUCAAAAAAUAAUCAAAAUUUGAAAAAUAAAAAAAUAAUUUUUGAAU